UUGUUUUUCAUCAGGGUAAAUAGUAUGUCACUAUUGUUCCUAAACCCUAACUCCAAAUUUUCUUAUCUUAUAACCUAUUUUUUUGUUUUUCUUAUACCAAAUUUUACGUAGUGAAUCAAUAUGAAUAUAACUAUUUGUAUUCCAAACGUAAUUUGUUUAUGAAGCGAUUUUAAGAUUACCUCGGGUGCAGAAUAACUUAUUCUGCACCCUGGGUGAUGAAUAAUCAUUUGCUGCACGUAUGGCCAACCUUCAAGAUUUUGGAACUUGGAAUUGUAUCACACUCAGUGAUCAUCGGGCUAUCACUGGGUGUUUCGCAGAGCACGUGUACCAUCAAGCGUCUGGUUGCUGCCCUUCACCAGUUCUUUGAGGGUUUCGCACUGGGUGACUGCAUUUCUCAGGCUCAGCUGAAGGAUCUCUCUAUGCUUUUGAUGGCAUUCUUCUUUGCUAUCACAACACCCGCCGGGAUCGCUGCAGGUUCCGCCAUGGCAUCAUUCUACGACCCGUACAGCCCCCGUGCGUUGGUGGUGGAGGGUAUUCUUAAUGCCACGUCGGCUGGUAUAUUGAUCUAUAUGGCACUGGUGGAUCUCAUCGCGGCUGAUUUUCUUGGCCGGAGGAUGAGCAACAGCCCAACCAUCUUGCAGGUUGGCGCAUAUGUCUCCCUGUUUCUUGGGGCCCUAGCUAUGGCAUCCCUUGCAAUCUGGACUUAGUUAGUGUUGGUGAUUGGUGUGAGUAUCUAUACAUACUUGAAAUGACUGAGAUGGAAAAUAAGAUGAAGGAUUGGAGUUGUGGAAGCUGGACGUACACAUGGCAUUCAAUGCACUAGGAGUUGCUCUAUAGUCCCUUGGAGAAAUGGAGAAGCUGCUUCUUUUUUCGUUGGUUCUUUUGUUUCUUGUUCUUGACAUGGUAGUGGUUGGAUGUAAAGGUGCCUUUGUUGGUAAUAAACAACAAAGUCCCUCUUUGUGAUGCAUUGUGAAUUUGUGAUGGAUGGUAACACAGGAGAUGAAUUAGUACCGGGGAUGAGGAGCUCCAGGAACUGACUUUGUUCAAGUCACUAGCUCACAUUUGAAAUCGUAAUUAUGCCACAAGUUCACUGCACGGAUCCAAAGUGUGACGCAACCUACUCCAUCUGAUUGCACCUCCAUGCGGUGAUUCUGGUUUCAUCUCCUGCCGUCACCCCCCAUAAACUCAUCGUG